UUUCAUUCAUCAGUCUGUGAGUGGUAGCCGUGUUGAAAUGACGUGUUCUGUUAUAUCCUCCGUUUGUUCGUUUAUAGUAGCCUGAGAGUGAAUAUUUUCUCAUCGGUGUGUACCUUCUUCCAUCUUUUCUACUGCCUUAUAUGCGAUCCACAACGGGAAGUAUACCAUCCUAGGCGCAACAAAUAGUGAAAAUUGUGAUACCGUCGACUAUAUCAUGUCGAUUGAUGCCUUGGAAUAAGCGUGAUUUUUGUGUGCAGUGAAGUGAAUAUUUCACACCGUGUAGUUACGUGCAGUGGCAUUUAUGAGAAGCUUAAUAGGUGCGGUGACCUUAAAACAGUGUGUGAUGUAAGCAAACCUCGAAUACAUACUUCUAAGAAAUAUUAAUAAACCGCACAAAGAAGAAGAAAAGUGGAAACGAGAAGUGCCUUAAACGGGAGAAGAGAAAUUCAUCGCUGGCAUACCGCGCUAAGCUGACGAGUCACGGUGGUGAAUCAAGAAGUGGAAACCAAGCACAAACAAGUACCCAAGGAUAUACUACCAGUACUGUUGAUCCGUUGCUGAAGAGUUCCGGAAGCGAUGAUACAUGUAGGAGACAACACAUGGAACCUGCGGGUCUUCAUUACAGACCUGCAGGUCGAGAAGACACUGCGAGUUCGGGGUGAUCUACACAUUGGUGGCGUCAUGCUGAAACUAGUCGAUCCAGAUAAUCCAAAAGAUUGGUCCGAUCACGCACUAUGGUGGCCUGCGAGAAACAUCUGGCUGACAAGAACAAAAUCGACACUCGAUCAAGUUGGAUUGCAUGCAGAUGCCCUACUGCAUUUCACACCCAUGCACAAAACGUUGCGAGUACAAAUGCCGGAUCUGAGAUACCUGGACUGCCGCGUAGAUUACUCGAUCAAAACUUUCGGCGCAGUGGUGGCUUUGUGCAAAGAUCUGGGUAUUCGACAUCCGGAGGAACUUUCACUCUGCAAACCAUUGGAACCAGCUCACUUGAAGAAAAACUACGCCGAUCUACCGAAAAAGAAAUUGCCCGUCGAGCAGAAUGGCAACGCGGCGAGAGAUUUCGUACAUCCAGCUCCAGAUACCAACACAUUCAUCCCGGCGACAGCGACAGGUUUUCACGGCAGCAGCGGCAGCCUCGAUGGACCAACCAACGGAGGACCGUUCUCAUGUGCACCGGUGCAACACCCACACUAUACGCCCAACAAACCAGCUUUGCAGAGCACACCAAUCAGCUCUCCCACAGGUACAUUGAGGCAUAAUUACACGAACGGACACACUUCGUUUAACGAAUCAUCUUCGAGUUUGGGUGAUGCGAUCGAUAAUCUGGCGUACAGCCCUUGCGCCCCUAGUCCGGAAGCGCGAUCGCGUUUGGUCAAGCCAAAAACGUUGGUAGAACGGGCACGCAUGAACGUGGGCUGGCUAGAUUCUUCGCUGUCCAUAAUGGAGCAAGGCAUUCGAGAGUUCGACACUUUGUGCCUACGCUUCAAGUACUACACAUUCUUUGACCUCAAUCCCAAGUAUGACCAAGUACGAAUCAAUCAGCUAUACGAGCAGGCAAAGUGGCAGCUCCAGAAUGAAGAAAUCGAGUGUACCGAGGAAGAGAUGCUCAUGUUCGGGGCACUGCAAUUCCAAGUGAACCUUCAAAAUGAGGUUCCACAGCCAGAUUCAGGAAUCGAUACAUCCAGCCUAGAAAAUCAGGCAGAUGACGAUGUUGACGCUGCACUACGAGAACUGCAGAUCACACUGGAAGGACCUAGUAAUGGUCAUAACGCAGGUGACAUUACGCACAUACCAGAAUUAACGGAUUACCUACGGUUUCUGAAGCCUAAGAAAUUCACUUUGAAAGGAUAUAAGCGCUACUGGUUUACAUACAAGGAUCUACAUUUACAUUUGUACAAAAGUAGGGACGAUGCGCGAUCGAACAAUCCUCCCCAGGUUUCCAUCAACCUUCGUGGAUGCGAAGUCACACCGGAGGUUAACUUGUCGCAAAAUAAAUUCAACAUUAAGCUAGAGGUACCAUUGGAACAGAACACCAACAGCGAAAUGUGGAUCCGAUGUGACAGCGAAGAUCAAUACGCCAAAUGGAUGGCAGCUUGUAGAUUAGCAUCAAAAGGCCGCUCACUGGCCGACAGUUCAUACGACAGCGAAGUAUCCAGCAUCAAGUCUUUCCUGAGUAUGCAGAAGCCCGCGCAAGCACCGGCAGUCACGAUCAACCCGAACAACAUUGACCCGAACGAGUAUCUGUCCACCAGAUACGCCAAGAAGCUGAAAAACAAAGCCGUCAUGAGGAUGCUGGAAGCCCAUGCCAAUGUCAAAGACCUCUCGCUGAUGGAUGCCAAGCUGAGCUACAUCCGGGCGUGGCAAAGCCUGCCGGAGUUCGGAGUGACUCUUUUCGUCAUCAAGUUCGAUGGGCACAAGAAAGAGGAACUCCUGGGCGUGGCUAGCAAUCGGAUCAUGAAAAUGGACAUCAAUACGGGAGACCAUUUGAAAACAUGGCGCUAUAACACGAUGAAGGCUUGGAACGUCAAUUGGGAGAUCAAGUGCAUGAUGAUCCAGUUCCAGGGCGAGAGUAUCGUGUUCUCUUCACUGUCCGCGGACUGCAAGGUCAUCCACGAGUUCAUCGGUGGCUACAUCUUCAUGUCGAUGCGAUCGAAAGAAACGAAUCAAACGCUUAACGAGGAACUCUUCCACAAGCUAACGGGUGGCUGGAACUGAACAGCCAAAAGCCAACAACGAUUCAACGAGUCGAGCAUAUAGUUUAGUUUUCUAGCCAAACUUCUAAUUACACACUUUUGUACAUAGUAUAAUAACUGUAGCAGUGUUAGGAGCUUGACUUAAUCUUUUAACAAUCAUAGCAAAUUUUUGGUCUAAACAAACUGGAAGGUACUUUUAUACACCUUUGUAAGUAACCAUAAGUUAGUAAGACAAUCAGCUGUUUGAUAAACAGAAAGGCACAUCAAUUUUUUUUUCUGGAAGAUUACAGUUUGAUGUUAUAGCAAAAAAACGCACACGUUAAUAUGCAAUAAUUAGGAUACAUGCAAAAUUAUAGCAAUGAAAUAUUACAAAUGCCAAAAGUGUCUUCUACGAACUGUAAAAACGAAUCAAACUUGUAGGUACUAUUAAACUAAAUAAAACCAUCGGUAUUGCAACUAUAUUUAUGUUACAUAACCUAACUUGAAUGUUAUUUUGAACUUAUCAGUUGAGCUACUUAAAUGUUCAAUGAUACAUUAUUAAUUCUGGUUCAGCAGUUAACUUUUUUGAUCAGAAUGUUUGCAUUGAUUAAUAUACGUUAGUUUCAGUUUAGAAGGCUUCGAUUUUAGAAGACAAAAAGUUACAUCAACGAAAAGAUUUCUAAGAUCACUAAAAAAUAACGGCUUUGUAACUAAUAAUUGUGUACGAUAUAUGUUGAAUAAAUUGUACUAAAUUUACACCUAA